AUGCAGACUUCAGCAAGGACACCGUUACUGGCGUCGUCCCGUCGAUCGGAGGAGUCACAGCGCUCCGACGACCGCGCCGACGAGGAAGACGAGGCCCUCCUCAACGAAAGCAGCCAGCGCCGCCUCUCUGGCGCACCUACGAUAAACCGCCUGCGCGAAAUACUUCUCUUCCUGUGGGCCCUUCUGGCGACAGCUGCUCUCAUCAUCCUGGCAGUAUGGAUGCAGCACUCCCAGCAGACUCACCCGCCCCCUAGUAAGCCGGGUCACUCUAGCCACAAGCGCAAUCUCAUCUUCAUGGUGUCCGACGGCAUGGGUCCGGCUUCUCUAUCUCUGACGCGUUCCUACCGGCAAUACGUCCUGGACCUGCCCAUCAACGACACACUGACUCUAGACCGGCACUUCUGGGGCACGAGCCGGACUCGAUCGAGCAAUAGCCUGGUAACAGACUCGGCUGCUGGCGCCACGGCAUUCUCAUGCGGAAGAAAGAGUUACAAUGGCGCUAUUGCCAUGUUGCCAGAUUAUACACCUUGCGGAACGGUGCUCGAGGCUGCCAAGAGAGCCGGGUACAUCACUGGAAUGGUAGUCACGACAGACAUCACCGACGCAACCCCCGCUUGUUUUGCGAGCCACGUCAACUUCCGGGUUCAGAAUGACGAAAUCGCUAUGCACGAGGUUGGAGAGGGGCCGCUAGGUCGAGUUGUCGAUCUCAUGUUCGGUGGCGGCCGAUGCCAUUUCCUUCCCAACUCAACUGAGGGAAGUUGCAGGCUGGACGACGUAGAUGUGACCAAGAUUGCGCAGAAGAAGCAUGGAUGGUCCUAUUUUGAUACCAGGGCCGGCUUCGACUCUCUCUGGGGCGGCAACAAUGUCACCCUACCAUCCCUCGGCCUGUUCGCUUCGACCGAUGUUCCUUUCGAGAUUGACAGGAAGAACAUGUCAGAUGUCUACCCUAGUCUUGGCGAGAUGGCCAAUACUGCACUGCGAGCUUUGGAGAAAGCCACCAAGGACAGCGAUAAGGGCUUCUUCCUGAUGAUUGAAGGAAGCAGAAUUGACCAUGCAGGCCAUAUCAACGAUCCCGCCGCCCAGGUCCGGGAAGUCUUGGAGUACGACAGGACUAUGAGGGCUGUACUGGACUUCAUCGAAGCGAGCGACACCGAGACCGUUAUGGUUGCAACUAGUGACCACGAGACGGGCGGUCUUUCUACUGCACUACAGGAGCCUGGGCACCUACCAGUUUACAAUUGGUACCCUAAGGCAUUGGCACAAGCCCAAGCUUCUGCCGAGCGACUCACUCAGCUGCUUCUGGAGCAUGUGGACGAGAUGCGAUCUGCAGGCAAGCCGGAGUCCAAGUCAUCCUUGAAGAAUUGGAUUAAUACGAAGCUGGUCAUACCCAAGCUUGGCAUCACCGAUGCCCGUGAACACGAGCUCCAGCAGCUAGCUUCAUCUCCAGAGACGGCGCUCGUUACCUUUUCGGAUAUGAUUAGCUUGCGUGCCCACGUCGGUUGGAGCACCCAUGGCCACUCCGCCGUAGAUGUGAAUAUCUAUAGUUCGGGGGGCCCUGGAACCGAGGCCAUUCGCGGCAACGUCGAGAACACAGACGUUGGCAAGUUUUUGAGGGAAUAUCUCAACGUAGACGUUGAUGAUAUUACUAAAGAGCUGAACGAGAAGAUGGAUAUUCAGAAGUUGAAGUCCCUUGCGGCAGUGGAAGGGCCUGAUGGACACAUGGAUGUGGAGCUCAAGACUUUCGCUGCUUCUGCAGGAACAUCAUAA